CUAUAUGAACUUAAAAUAUCAGAUUUAUAUUGAAUUUAUAGAUCGACGUACCGUUUUGAUUUGAAUCUACAAUCAAUUUGUAAAUUACCUCUGAAGUCUUAUAAAUGUCUCUCAAAUACGUUGCAAGUUACCUUUUAGCCGUUACUUGUGGUAACGACAGCCCAUCCAAAGAUGACGUCAGAGAUGUUCUUAACUCCGUUGGAUCGGAAGUGGACGAGGAUGCUUUGAAUGCCUUUUUCUCAGCUGUCUCAGGGAAAUCCGUCCAUGAGACCAUAAGUGCUGGUUUGAGUAAGCUUCAGACAUUACCAGCUGGAGGAGGUGUUGCAGUAGCUUCUACAGUUCAGGCAUCGGGAUCUUCAGAAAAACAAGAGGAAUCUAAGAAGGAGCCUGAGCCUGAGGAAGAGGAAGAUGAUAUGGGAUUCUCACUAUUUGACUAAUUUCAUGAUUUUUAGUCAAAAUAUCGUUACUUCUUCCUAUUCUUAAAUUUUUUUAAUAUAUUAUCACAACACAA